AUGACUAUUCUAAAAGCCCGCACCAUCUAUCUAGGCAGCCUAAUCGGAGAUUUACAACGCGAUAACACGGCCACAUUCCACUUUCUAGAAGGCGAACUCGACUCCGACCCAGGUCCAGGUAUCGCAGGAUUCUACGAUCCCCCGUACUACAGCUACUACCGCUUCCCACGGACCUUUUCCGCAACGGACGACGACGAAACCGACAUCCUAGCCGCAUACGAACAACUCGACGAAGCCAUCGCCCUACACGGCCCCUUCGACGGUGUUCUAGGUUUCUCGCACGGUGGAACCCUAGCAGCAGGCCAUCUAAUCCACCAUGCAAAAAUGUCGCCGGGACAGGCACCACCGUUUCGGAGUGCAAUUUUUGUAAACUCUCUUCCUCCGUUUCGGAUGCAUCCUGGUCAGCGGCCGGUUAUUGAGCAGGGGUUGGAGGGGUGGAUUCGGAUUCCGGUGGUGAAUAUUGCCGGGGCGAUGGAUGAGUUGUUUGAGUUUUCGUUGGCGCUGUAUCGGAUUUGUGAUAAGUCGUGUUCGAGUUUUGUUGUGCAUGGGAAGGGGCAUGAUGUACCUACUGACAAGAAGAAUGUUGCUAUUAUGGCGGGUGCUAUUCGGAAGUUGUCGGUUAAGAUUUUGGGGGUUUGGUAA